CAUUAGCAGUGUCGUUUAUUUGUUGUCCUACUGUACCGUACUAUUUAAAUUAUAUAAUUUUCUUUGCAUAAUGAUACAUAAAUGGUGGCAUAGAAUAAUUCGGCGUCGAAUGAAACCAAUACCUGAAGAUGUCGCCAUUCUUUGGAAAAGACGCCUCAGUUUAGCUUAUGGGUUUAUAGCAUGGAAUGCCUUUGGGUUACUUAUAUACAACAUAUACCAAGGCAAAGCAGAUUGGGCUCAUUAUCAUGGUUUAAAAUCAGAUGAGGAACAGUCCAUUCCGCCAGCACGUGCAUGGGCAAACACAUUGGGUAUUCAAAAUGCGAAAGUGUACAAAAUAUCGGGAUUUACUAAAGUUGACGAAUAUGAUAUUGUUCAGGGUGAAGAAGUUCGAACAAAUAGUGAGCACAAUAAAGAAGAGACAGAAGAAUUAAAUCAAUAAUUUAUUAAAAAAUCUGUGAUGUAUUUCACAAUGUAAAUAAUCAGUUGUAGAAUAAGCAUAGUGAAAUAAAUAGUUAUAAUUUUCACUGGAUUA